AUGCCCGUGCUCGCCUUUCCGACGAUCCUCACCGAAAGCCUUCCCCCCAUACCCACUUCUACCCAUCAGCCGCAGCCUCGCCUGCACCCACCCACGAUCCCAACUGUUGUUGAUGCCGCGGCUCCCGCACAACGAGCGUCCCAGAAUGGAGUCCCUUACUACGUCACCCUCACUAUCACGCGGAACUCGUACGCAGAACUCACCACAAUCCUGCUGGGGACCAUCACGAGCAACUGGAGGCCGGUCCCUAGCGCCGACGCGCCGCAGCCCACCAGCCUUUCGUCUGACGACAGCAACAGCGGCGGCGGCGGCGGCAGCGGCGGCGGCGGUGGCGGCGGCGGUUUAGACUCUGCGCAGAAAGCACUCAUCGUUCUCGGAGCUUUCCUCGGGACGAGCCUCGUGCUUCUGCUCUGGUGGCUCCGCACCGCGGCCACAAGGCGUGGCUGGGGCAGUACCACGACCACGUCGCGUCCGUUAUCACCGCCUGGAGGAAAUACACGCGAAAGCUCGCCUCGAUCCGCAGAGGAUGUGCCUCCACGAAUCUUUCCGCGACAUCGGAGAUAG